AACGCUGUGGAAAUCACGUAAUUUUGUGCGCGUCUGAGACAAACUUUGUCUUUCUUGUCCUUCGGGAAAAAUCACCACAGCUCCGUAAAAAUGACGGCGACAUUGAAGUUUCAGCACACAAGACAGUCGUUCAGGUUGUUUAUUUUGUUACUUAUUUUGGUACUGUACACAUGUGUUUGUGCCGUCGUCUUUAACUCUCUUGAAGUAGCUAACGACAAACUUCAGUACGAGAUAUAUCAAGGAAAGAAAAAGCACUACAAACAGAAGUAUAACAUGAGCGAAGAAGAUUUCAUUGAGUUUAUCACCGACGCUAAUGUUCUUGUCAAGCGUGGAUAUGCUGAAAGCUACAAAAAUUACUGGAAUUUUUAUCACGCGUUUUGGUUCACGACUACGGUGGUAACUACCAUGGGUUUUGGACAUAUUGUUCCUCUUACAUUUGGUGGCCGGCUUUUUUGCAUAUUCUGUGCCCUGCUUGGGAUUCCUCUAAAUCUGGUCGUGCUUAAGACAGUCGGUGAACGAAUUAAUCAAUACAUCUACAACACUAUAAAACAUGUCGAGAAAAAAUACCGCAAACAGAGGCACCCCUCCCAUGUGGGGAUCAAAGCUGCGGUGGUUUCGUUCCUAAUGAUGGUAGCAGUCCUUCUUGUGGGUGGAGCUUCUGACAUGAUCUUUGACGGUUGGACAUUUUUUGAUGGGGUUUAUUUCAAUUUCAUCGCCUACAGCACAAUUGGGUUUGGUGAUCUUUUUCCUCGGGUGGAGGAGUCGUCGAAACUGGACAAACUUGGUCUGGGUGAAAACGGCAAGCGUUUGUUUGCUUCUUUUGUAAUGAUGACAUUUACGAUCUUGGGAUUAUCAGUGACUUCGACUGUCAUUUGCUCAAUUUUGAACGCGAUUGACGAAAUGUCACACGUGCCCGCGACCUGGAGGACUAAAUCUACAGACUCCAAUAAGGAUCCUGGCUCAGUCAAGUUAAGAAGCUUAAAUAAGAAAAUAAGCAAAGAGAAGAUGGAGAUAGAUAAACAAGAACUGAACGAAAAGAGCGACAAAGAUCUACCACAUGAACAAUCUGGUGAAGUAAGCCACUUUCCAAAGAGUUUUUGUUGAGAGUUAACGUUUAGAAGAGUGGAUUUCAAGUGAGUCAGGCUUGGAGCAGUCCCUCCUUAUCGACGAAGUCUGUUGCGCAUGGAAAAUAAAAUCAGUUAAAAGAGACAUUGAUGCUAGCGCGCCACGUGGAGCUCUGGGUAGGAGGCGCACGAAAAGUAGGCCUAACUCCCAGAGUUCUGUCCGGCCCGCCGACAUAAUUGUCUUUUUCCACUCAUUUUUUGCACUCGCACGACGUAUUUAACCGAAAAGGGAGUAUUACUCUUCGUCUACAAGCAAUGAAAAUAACUCAGUUAUCCAGGAUUUUUACCACUCAAAAGUUCCUUUACAUACAGGAAAUUUCUACCCCAGUGAGCAGGGUCUAAAAAACCGUUCAAGUAACAGAAUUAGUUUUCAUUGGAGAGAAGUGUUUGGGCUGUGCCCGGUAUAACGGUUUUCAUUUAGUCUUGUACUUUGCCUUCAAAUACUGAAGUUAUAAAACGUUUUAACUGAUAUUCAAUUGUUUAGUUUUCAAGAAAAAUAUCUGAUUGUAUUCAAAAACUGCGGACAGAGGUGUUAUAAGCCUGCGCAAAGAAACAAUUUUCGCAAGUCUUGGAAUAAGGAAACUUAAGCAGAGACAUUUUUAAACAAGGUCAGAGACUAGAGCAGCAGAAAGCUACAGCAGCUUGUGCACCUUGUUAACAGUGAAUGACCAGUAAACUGGAGGGGCUUUGUUUUAGCAUAACGUCCUAAAUGAAACAUAUGUUGCAAAUUCCGAAAAUAAGAGCUUCGUCCCUUCCUCUGCCGCACGUAUACAUCUCACUCUCCAGAAUGUAACCUAGCACUGCACUGGAGCGCAAUUAAAAUCUGGAGAUAAUGAUAUAACCGCGAGGAUUGCUGGAUGUGCUUUUCAGGAUGGCCUGGGGGCAAGUUGGAGGAAAGCCAUCGUGGUCAUUACUCUCAGUUUACAGUGAUAUAAACCAACAGUUAUCGCUCCAGAACAGCAAGUUUUGGGUUUUGUUUGUUUUGCGCUCGAUAACCAACUGCUAGUCAGAAAAUGAGUUGAAGCACCUCUCGCGGGGAAUAAAGAACGAACUGGAGAGACCGACUCUCAAAACAAGCGUAAUGUUGUUUGCCUUUUUACGAAAAGCGCAAGGUAAAGAAGAGGGCAAGGUGCGCGCGUGGAAAGUUUGCACGUCUCUCGUCAUUCGUGUACUCCUCGCGAUCAUUUCGCCCGCCUGAAAAACGUAAAAAGGCGCUUGUGUAUCGCAACUGGAGUCUAUGUUUACAUAUGACAAUAAUAGACACCAGACAUAGACACAUAAGCCAGAUGUGUUGAUUCAUUUUUUGUUAAUGAGUGCUACGGGUCCGGACUUUGAAUUACAAUAUCUACAACACUUAAACUAACAACUUUUUAGCGCCAAAAAGUAUCAAUGCAAAUAAUGAUUCUAAGAUGUACACGUAUCAUGUACAUUUGGCCAGAGUUAAAUUAGGUAGCUGUUA